AUGAAGCGUGUUCAGUUGAGUGGUGCGCAAAAGAGAAAACGUGCAAAAGAGAAUGAGCAAAAUAAUCUGUCUGUUGUAGCCAAGACAGGAAAGCUGACAGAUUUCUUCUUACAAACUGCAGAGAAAGAUGAUCCAGAUCAAAACCAGUGUCAGUCUUCAGAGACAGCAAAUGAAUCAAAUCUAUCUCCUUCAUCAGAAACAGGCAGUGUUGGUGCAAGGCCAGAUUUUCAUGAUGACGUUGCACAUGAUGAAGUGCCACAACCUGGACCUAGUUCUACGACAAGAUGUGUAAAUGCUUUUGAACUGUCCAAGGAGUUUAGAGAACUGACCAAGGAUGAAAUGAACAAAGCUAAGGACCCAGGGUUGUGGGAUGAAUUUUAUGGUGAUGAUGUGACUUAUUGGGUUGCUUGUGGACCCAGUGAAUGUCAGCACCACAAUGGGCCAUUUGACAAAUCGUGUCGCAAUUUCAUCAGUGGGAAGCCAAAGAGAUACUGUUCACAGAAUAUCUUUUUUGGAAUAAAAGCCAAUGGUGAACACUACAAGAGAGAAUGGCUGUUGUACUCUCCUUCAAAAGGAUCAGUUUACUGUUUUGUUUGUAAACUAUUUGCGCCCAAAGGGUCAACGCAUUUUGCUAGAAAUGAAGGAUUCAGUGACUGGCGAAACACUGCUGUAAUUGACAACCAUGAAAAAAGUACAACUCACCGAGAUGCCAUGUUGACAUAUUUAACUCGGAAACAAAUUGAAGAGGAGUACAAUUACUGGGAGAAUGUGCUUCGGCGUGUUGUAGCAGUCAUUUGCACACUGGCUGAACGAGGAUUGGCAUUCCGAGGAAAAGUGGAAAAAUUUGGGUCUUUCAAUAAUGGGAAUUAUUUGGGGCUACUCGAAUUGAUAAGUCAGUUUGACCCAUUCUUGGCUGCUCACAUAUCACGGUAUGGCAAUGCUGGAAAAGGCAACCCUUCGUACCUGUCCAAAACGAUAUGUGAGGAACCUAUUGAGUUAAUGGCAAAGAAAGUGCACUAUGUCAUCAUUGACGAAAUUAAUGUUUCUGGGUACUUCAGUCUGUCUGUGGACUCAACGCCUGAUCUUUUGCAUGUUGACCAACUGAGCAUAGUACUCAGAUACUUGUAAGAUGGACAGCCAGUUGAACGAUUUAUCACAUUUUUGGAAUUACAAACCCACACUGGUGAAGCUAUGGCACAGCAGGUGUUGAAGUACUUAUGUGAUGAUUGUAAAUUGGAUUUUGCUAAAUGCAGAGGGCAGUCAUACGACAAUGCUGCCAACAUGUCUGGACGUUACAAUGGCAUGCAGCAAAAACUUUUGGAUGCAAAUCAGUUUGCCAUUUAUGUACCCUGUGCAGCUCAUUCACUAAAUUUAGUUGGACGAAGUGCUGUGGAUUGCUGUCAAGUUGCAGUAGAUUUCUUUUCCACUGUACAACUGCUCUACACAUUCUUUUCAGCCUCAACUGCUCGGUGGAGAAUUCUCAAAGAUUGCAUUGGAAAUGAAAAAGUGUUGAAAUCACUUUCAGACACCAGAUGGGAAGCACAUGCUGUGGCAACUGCAGCAAUUAUCAACUCUUGCUUCAAGAUUCUGGAAGCUUUGGAAGAUUUAUCAGAUGACCAGUUGCAAAAAGGUGACACUAGAAGGGAGGCAAAGAAUAUUGCAAACAAGAUGCAAGAACUGGAAUUUGUGUUCAUGCUGAAUUUUUGGAAUGAAACUUUAGAAAAGUUUCAUAGAACAAGUCAACUUCUUCAAAGUGAAAAUGUGACCUUGCAAACAUGUGCAGAUUUGUAUUCAUCAUUGGCAGACCAGUUGCACACAUCAAGAGAUGAGUUUGAGAGAUUUCAAUAACUUGCAAAGGACAUGCUCCCUGAUGUAGAAUACAAAGCAACUCAAACGCGUAAGCGUAUAAGAAAGAGAAUGCCCAACGAUGGAAAUGCACCAGAGGUCAUUCUCAG